AUGUAUGCUCAUGCUCAUAACGAUGCUCGUAUAUUUGAGCUCUAUCAGGAUAUUGCUUGUGCUUCCCAGUUUGCCUUGGGUCUUUCUGUAUCAGAAUUCUUUGGAUACCUUCAGGCCUGUUGGGAAGAAUUAGUUCAAUAUGAGCCAUUGACUGAGCUACCAGCAGGUGUUACAUCUCCUGUGUCUAAAUGCCUUGUUCGCCAGUAUACUUACCAAUUUUCGAUGGUUUUAUCUGAUCAAAUGGUUUUUGCUGCAAAGUUUGGUUCUUGGGGUUCUACUGGUCCAAUUACUUGUCAUUAUUGUGGCAUUUCUAGUCAUGUUAAGGCUCAUUGCUUCAAACUUUAUCCUGAGUUGAGGCAACGUUCCUCUAACCUUCAUGGUGUUGGCAUCCCUCGCACUACGACUUUAGAGUUGCAGACUCAGAUUGGUCAGUUUCAGGCUCAACUUGGAUCUCUCACUGCCGGUUCUCCUAGCCUAUCAUCUACCACUACUGCCAUACUUACAAUAGUUUCAUUUAAUCGGCUCACUGGACAAAUCCCACAUGAGCUUGGCCUGCUGGAUCGUAUCAAGUCUUUUAGUGUCGCUAACAAUCUCUUGUUGGGGCCAGUGCCAGAUUUUGGUAGCACCUCUGUUACAGCUGAGAGCUAUGCAAAUAAUAAAGGACUUUGUGGGGGUCCUUUGAAGCACUACAAGGCUCCUGAUGCUUACGAUCAUGUUUUUUACUUAAAUGGCUUCGCGGUUGGUUGUUCGGUUUCUAUUGUUGUAGUUUUUGCUCUGACUAUAUUUUAUUUGCCCAUUGAUCCACUAUUAAAGAAGAUUAUGAGUAGCAAGAAGAAGAAAAGAAACCAAGAGGUGGUUCAACGAAGACAAUGGCGCCCAACUGCAAUGAAUAGAGUUGACGAUACCAAGAUUUCUAAAUUAGAGAAGCUGGUUACUAGAAUAAGCUUCACAAAACUUGUGAAUGCUACCGACAAUUUUAGAGAAGACAAUAUCGUUGGGUUAGGAAAGACAAGGACAAUGUACAAGGCAGGUAGAUUGAGACACACUAAUUUAGUACCUCUGAUUGGUUUUCGUUAUGAAACAAUGGAAAAACUAUUGGUUUACAAAUAUAUGCCAAAUGGUAACCUCUAUUAUUGGCUACAUCCUCCGGCAAGCAAGCUCAAGAUCAUGAAAUGGCCUGUCGGGGUUAAAAUUGCUGUUGGGUUAGCAAGAGGGUUGGCAUGGCUUCACCACUACAACAAAAAACUCCAGGAUUCUAAAAAGAAGGAUGUAUAUAGCUUUGGAGUUGUGCUUCUUGAUUUGGUUACAAGGAAGGAAACCAUUAACGCUUCUGCAAAUUCUAAUAGUACAUCUUUUAAUUUGCAUGAUGCAAUUGACAAUGCUCUGAUCGAGCUAGGAUUUGAUGAUGAGAUCUUUGAGUUCCUUAAUAUUGCGUAUAAAUGCGUUCAGUCAAUGCUAGAACAGAGGCCAACAAUACUGGAAGUGUACUAG